GACAGAACAUAUUGGAUUAGGAGUUUUAUAUCUAUAACUGGAUUUGAUUUCAUAUUAAUCAAGAGGUAUAUAAUUUCAUUUGCUUCCCUUAAAGGUCUCUGCGUGUCAUGUACAAAACUUACAUAAUACUUUUUUUUUUAUUUUUGUCAUUAGUUUAUCAGCAAAGUUUCCAGGCGGACUCCAGUAACUGAGGGGCAAAAGGAGCUACGAGGACUGUCCAGAAGUUAUCCCUUCAGCAAAUCUUGUCCCUGCAAAAGAAGAAUUGGUGUCGAUGCCUGAUGAGGACCACUGGACUCUAGAAAAUGCAUAGAAAUGUAUUCAUAAGUGUUCAGGAUAUUCUGAUAAUAGACAAACUAAAAAAAAAAAAAAUCUGUUGUUGCAGAUUUGUAAAUCGUUUACAGGUCACCUGCUUGUCCAGGUCGAUGUGGUUCGGAGCUCAUCAACUUUACUGGAAAGCUGUGUGCACUCAUGUGUUAGUCACAAGGUUGGAAACAAAGGUCACCUUAUGUUCUCUCAGUCCAUCACAAAUGUUCAGGAUGCUGAAAACACCGGACAUGCUCCUUCUCUUCUUCUGUCUUGUCGGGGCAGUGGAUGCCCUGCAAAAACAGUGGAUUCCUGACACCAACUAUGAGAAUAAGACCAACUGGGACAAAGGGGCUGUUCCAUGUGGCAACGACAUAGUUCAGUUUCCAGCCCAGAGAAAAGUGUCUGUGUUCGUGGAGACCACGCAUGCUGUGCAGGAGAUGAGGCUGCCAGACGAUGGAGAGCUCAUCCUAAAUUCAGGAGCUGGAUUUUAUGUUGUGAGCGGAAAAGAUCCAGGCUGCGGAGCUGGUGUCACGACCCAGUUCAGGGAUUCAGAGUCUCUUCAGUGGUUCAACCCAGCUCUGUGGCAGGCAGCUGCAACUCUGGAAGACCUGCAGCGUGGAAACUUCUUGUUCUCAGUCCACGAGGAGAGUGUCCCUUGCCAGUAUGAUGAUGUGGUUUUUAAAGCCCGCUCCUCUUUCAGGGUGGACACCAGCUCCAGUCAGUCUAGCAUUCCUGUCAAAUCGGUGUCUGUGCUGGGGAAGAAGUUUGACAGCAGAUCUGAGUUCUCCCAGUAUCUCGGCUCACGUUCAGGCCAGCUGCAGUUUCAAGGAUCCACUGGCGUCACUGUUGGAAACCAAGAGUGUGGGGAUCCUUCUGGCUGCGACUGUGGGAAUUCUGUUAACCAUCAGCGGAUAUGUAACACUGUAACAUGUGGCACUCUGAGCUGUAAGAAGCCUCUCCUCCCUGUAGGACACUGCUGUAAUGUUUGUGGCGCCAUCGUCACCAUUCACUAUGCCGCUGGUUUCAACCUGCAAACUUACAGGGAUCGAAUCCACCACCUAUUUCUUAUCUUGCCAAAAUACAAAUCCAUUCAGCUGGGUAUGUCUAAAGUCUUAAAGUCACAGCGGUUGAUGGGGGUCAUCCCUUUUGGUGCUUCGCCAGAGAUCCAGGUGGUUGUUGUGGAUGGAGAGAAGGGAUCGCAGUCCGAGGGUCUGGCCCGGGACAUACUGAAAGAUGCCCAUUCUCAUGGCUCAAACCUGGGAAUCACUGAGGCUGAAUUUCAAGCCUCCUCUGGGAGCAGCAGUGAUCAGACUGGAGGAAGUGCUGGGAUGGUGGUUGGAGUUGUGUUUGGAGUUUUGAUUAUGAUUACAAUCAUCAUCGUGGUGGUGCUGGUUCGUAAAGGGGUUGUUCAAAUGCCAUUGUCACUGCCGUCACUGCCGUCUCUGAGCAGCUUGAAGAAGAGCGCCGAUGUUGGAGACGUUGGCGGGCCUAUUGACCACGGCUUUGACAAUCCCAUUUUUGACAGGCCCAACAUGCUGCCUGAUAUUCCUGGCGUGUAUACGGCUGAAACAAAGCAUUCUAUCUCCAUGACUCAGACAGGUGUGCACUUUAUAAAUCCACUUUAUGAUGAGAAUGAAACAGAUUUCAAUGCCUGAAUUUUACUGCAGUGGACUUUAAGGAGGUUAAUGCUUUCCAAAGUACUUUUGCA